AUGGAGUCUCAGCCAGCAUCGUCCCGCCCGUCGCUCUCAGAGGCGUCGCGCACGGCCGUCGGGCCAGUCCCGCAGUUCGACUUCCAUCUGCGGAUCCUCACAACCUCAUACAUCAGCUUCUUCUCCGAGAGAAAGCGUAUUGAAGAGAACUAUUGCCAGCAGUUGCAGAAACUGCACCACGAUAUCAAAGCCAUUGACACAUACCUCGACGAUCGAGGAGAGUUGACGACGACGAGAGCAGCCUGGGGCGAGAUUCGCGAUAAUGUCGAACGAGAGACUCAAGCUCGCUCAGCCUUCCUAAACACCCUCGACAAAGAUGUGCUCGGACCCCUCACCGCCCUCAGGGAGACCCAGGAACGAACUCGCAAGCGCAUCAAGGAGGAUCUGAAGGAGUCUAACAACGCGUAUGCUGAAUAUGCGGACAGCACCCUCCCCAAGCUCAAGUCUCGAUACCUCAAGAAGUUCGCAGAGGCGGAGGCGAUCGCCCCCACGCCACAGCAAGCGCAGUCAGGGUCGCCUCCCGGAUCGAAGCCCAAUCCCGGCGUCGGCGUCAGGGUGACAUCGCCACAACCGCUGCGUCCGCUCGAGCGGCGCACCUCCCUCGGCCAAGGUAGCCGGAAUCGCUCUCCCUCCUCCGGCACCGCCUUCUCCGAUCUUGCGCAUCAGGGCAAGCGGCAGCUUAACACCCUGAUGGGCCUGCUCGACAAGAGCGGCUCUGUCCAUGAACGAGGGGGACGCGAAACUCACGCGCUGCGCAUGGUCCGCCUCAAGCGCGAAGCCGAUGAAGCUGACCACGAGUAUCGUAAGGGCGUGCACUGGCUGGAAACUCUCCGUAUCCGGAAGAUCAAGACGCUCGAGAGCGCCUACAGAAGUCUGGAGAUGUUUAUCGCCGACACAUCGUCGACAGUCAAGGUAGUCCUAGCCCGGUACACGGACAACUUGAUCGCAACUACUACGACGGAAACUCAGAUCACCACACAUGCGAAGCCGAUGGUCGACAAGAUCUCACCGGAGAGGGACGUUCAGCGGAUGACUAGCUUCAUUCCGCGUGCCAUCGCGUCUGCCACUCCGGAGCAAGUCCAUUAUGAGCAUGGCUUGCAGGGCGUUUGCAGCGACCUCAUCUUUGGAAUAAGUCUAACCGACUAUGCAACGGGCAAAAACAUCCGCGAUGGGGAGAUACCCCGAAUCGUCAGGCUAUGCAUUGAAGAGAUAGACAAGAGAGGGCUCGAUGCCGAAGGUAUCUAUCGGGUGUCAGGUCGUCACUCGAACGUUGUCAUGCUGCAACACGAGGUCGAGAAGAAUGAGCAGGCCUUCCGAUUUGACCCACAGCGGGACGAUGUUUAUGUGAUCGCCUCUUUGCUCAAGUUGUACUUGCGCGAGCUUCCCGAACCCUUGUUCAAGUUCCAGUUGCAAGACCGCAUACAACACACGGAAGACCUCAAUGAUCACCGAGCGAACAACUUCAUGCUGCUGAAGGCAAAGAUCCGGCGACUUCCCCCUGUGCAUCAAGCGACUUUGAGAGCGCUCGUCGAGCACCUACACAGAGUUGCAAAUCACAGUGACAAGAACAAGAUGGACCCGAAGAAUCUGGCGAUUGUCUUCGGUGGUGUUGUGUUUGGCGAGGAAGAGAUACCCAAAGGCGGUGAACGCGAUCUGUUGACUCUUGGCACGAUGAAGGAUACCCUGAUGGAGGACAUGAUUGUCCAUGCGCCCCUGAUCUUCGACGGCCAUGAAGGCAGUAUCAGCGUCACGACUGGUAGUGCGGGCACCAGCGUAGCAGGCAGUAACUCUGGGAGCCAGCCACACUCCCCACAGCUGCCGCCAACACCGGCCACGGAUCCCGCACCAGUAUACUACGGCUCGAAGAGCACGAAGGUCGCUACCGUACCGCCGCAGUCCCCUCACCACGGGCAUGAGGUCGACUUCACGCCCAAACUCCCUGCACGUCCCGCGAACAGCAUCCAUCCAUCCUCGCGCGGCCAGAACUCCCCAACGAAGGACCACUUUGACCAGCUGCCGCCCCCGCCGGUCCCGCCACGGAGGCCCUCUGGGAAUCAGUCGGUCUCCUCGUUGCCUCCAGGCGCCAGGGCUCCUUCGCCUCUGCCGAAGUCCGGCUCUCCGACCUCGCAGGCGCAGCCUCCAGCGCAGCCCCACGGUCUAUACGCACUGCCGCCUGGCGCAGCGCCACCGCACCCUGGCGGAGAUACGCCACCUUCCCCAGCUUCGACGUCUGCCCUGACGGACACCUCUGCGUCGGUGUACGAUGAGGCACGCGCUCAUGAUCCACGACAAUGA